UCUAUCUCUGCUUCUGACCUGAAAGCAAAAACCAGACCUCAGCAUCUUCUCUUUCCACCGAUUACGGACAGAUCAGAGAAGAGGCUGUGGAACUUGCAGGCGACAGCAGGAAGUGGUGAGGUACGACUGUGCUGAGGGACUGCCGGGUUCCUUACCCUCGCAGAAGAACCAAAUCUAACUGACAGCCCCGAGCGCGACAAAUAUCCUUGUCCCUUUCCCGGGCAGCGGUCGCUCAGCUCCGAGAGCGGAGCAUCCUCGGGAAAGCUCACGUUCCGGCGAAAACACCAACUCGCUGUUUUUGUUGCUAAUGAUUGCUAAUCAUUAACCGCUCAUUAGAAUAACACUCUUGAGUCUCGCCGAGUCCCCGCCAUCCCCGGGGGCCUCGGCCGGGGCCCCCCCGCUCCCCCGUCCCCGCUCCCGAGGGGCUGUGCCGGGAUGGAGCGCGGGGAGGGAGCCGCGCGGAGCCGCGCGGAGCCCUGGCCCUGCCCGCGGGGGCAUCCGCGGGGCGCGGAGCCUUUUGUUAUGCUAAUCCGAGCUGACAUCACUCCGCAUAUCAAAGCCGACGGGGCCGCAUAUAAGGCGGCUCCGGGGGCCGUCCCGUCAGAGCGGACCCGGUCCCCGCGCAGCCUGGCCCGGGUGGAGGUGAUUUCCUUUGGCAAGCAGGAGAAAGUGGAGAAAAUGAAGCCAAGUCUGCAAUUUUUCUUAGCUGGUUUUCUAUUGUUGAUUCUGCAGACAGGGCUUUGCUAUGGGAUAAAAUGGAUAGGUCUGUCCAAGACUCCUUUGGCUUUGACCCUGAAUCAAACUCAGCACUGCAAGCAGCUUGAAGGCCUGGUGGUUUCUCAGGUGCAGCUGUGCCGCAGCAACCUGGAGCUAAUGCAGACCAUUAUUCAGGCAGCACGGGAAGUGAUAAAGACCUGCCGUAAAACUUUUUCAGAUAUGCGGUGGAACUGCUCUUCAAUUGAGCUGGCUCCUAACUACCUGCUGGACUUAGAGAGAGGCACAAGGGAGUCAGCAUUUGUGUAUGCCCUCUCUGCUGCUGCCAUCAGCCACACCAUUGCCAGAGCCUGCACUACCGGGGACCUCCCUGGCUGCUCCUGUGGUCCCAUCCCAGGUGAGACACCUGGACCUGGGUAUCGAUGGGGAGGAUGUGCAGACAACCUCAACUAUGGUCUUAUCAUGGGGUCCAAAUUUUCAGAUGCUCCCAUGAAGAUGAAAAAAUCAGGAUCACAAGCCAAUAAACUGAUGCAUCUGCACAACAGUGAAGUAGGGAGACAGGUCUUGAAAGCCUCUCUUGAAAUGAAAUGUAAGUGCCAUGGAGUUUCUGGGUCAUGCUCUAUCAAGACCUGUUGGAAAGGCCUUCAAGAACUGCAAGACAUUGCAUUGGAUCUCAAAAACAAAUACUUAUCUGCCACCAAGGUCGUUCAUCGGCCCAUGGGCACACGCAAAUACCUUGUGCCAAAGGAUAUUGAUAUCAGGCCAGUUAAAGAGACAGAGCUGAUUUACCUGCAGAGCUCACCUGAUUUCUGCAUGAAGAACGAAAAAGUGGGGUCACACGGGACCCAGGACAGGAGUGGAUGGAGGGAAAGAGAGAAUCCCAGGUCCCAAUACAGCAGACAAUGCAACAAGACUUCCAAUGGGAGUGACAGCUGCGACUUGAUGUGCUGUGGCAGAGGCUACAACCCCUACAUGGACAAAGUGGUGGAGCGUUGCCACUGCAAAUACCACUGGUGCUGCUACGUGACCUGUAAAAAGUGUGAGAGGACUGUCGAGAGAUAUGUGUGCAAAUGAAAACCCUCCUCUGCCCACCUGGGAGCUGAGAUGGCAGCGGCACCCCAGCACUAUUCAGAGAAAACAUUUCCUUGACUAGACAUCCUUUAUCUUGUAAAGACACAGACUUGAAGAGAGAUGGUAGGAGGAAAAGCAACAAUCACACCGGUAAAAAUAAGAAUGUAAAAGAACCUCCUGAAAAGCAACAAACCCACAAAUACUUCCCCCCACCAAUAAAAUGCUGUCUGAGAAGACAAAACCUCAUUUGGGAUGCUAUCUUCUUCCAAAAUAUUUCCUAUGGUUGCCAGUGAUGUUCAGCCAUCAAGGGCCUUAGAAUUCUGAGAAAUAGAUACAGAAACUUUCCCUGGGGGAAAAAAACCAGCAUUUGUUUGACAAUAACUAAGGCUCACACCUACCUAUGCCUUCUAGCACAGGUAUUGAGUCUCCAUUAGGACCAUCCCAGGAGCGAAAAUGCUACAACUUUUCAGCAAUAACUGCCUUUGUUGCCAAAGACUUAAUUUUUAGCAGGGAAUCAUCCAUUCUGAAUGAUUAAAGUGGAAAGAUUUCAGGUUAAUCCUCUGAAAUGAAGAACUAAUUUUAAUCUUUCUUCUACACAGGUCUGUGACUUUGAACUUACUGCUGAAGGAAAACAUGUCCUUGAUUUGUCCAGGCUGGACAAAAUUCAGCCAUGAAAAAAAUCCCCUGGAAUCAUGGAGGCAGUGAGAGUAGGGUAGGCUGAGAAGGACUUUAUGGGGUCCACAAGACAGUAGUGGAGCCAUUAGGAUAAAAUAACAAAGUGAAGUUCAAGUCCAGGGGCAAAGUAAAGAAAAAAAGCAAUCUCCUGCUCUCUAUCUCUUUGCCCUUUGGGUGUGACACCCUUAGUCACUGACAUACUUCCACAUUGGCCCAAGUCCUUGGGGAAAUAUGCCACUGGCUUUUUCCCCCACAAAACCAUUGGUCCAACCCCAGGAAGCUGCAGAGAGUGGAGUGGUCCCGGCUGUAGGGAGUGCAGCCAUGGAAGUCAGCAGCUACUCCCAGCAGGAAGGAAUGGGAACGUGUCAGUCCUUCAUGUGGCCCUGCCCUGACACAGCAGAGAACCACUAUCUGUGGCUGUACAUAUUUUCUUUGGUAUGCAGAUAUACAGAAAUAUUUAUAUCUUGUGUUUUCAUCUACUUUACUUCCUACAUAAAUAUAUCCUUAUAUUAUAAACAAGCAUUAACAAUAAUACGAAAUAAAUGCUGAAGUUACUGGUGCAACAGCAAAA